CACUUCCCCUUUGCGUUCCUCCAGAGGAGCAUAGGCUAAACCUUAUCCAAGAAGCGUCUGUUAGAGACAGAAGAACUGGCACGAGCUGAAACUUUUAAAGCUGAUAAUACACGAACGAACGGAUAUAUAUAUUAGAAGCUUUAAAAAGUCACUCAAACUUUUUCGGUGUUUAAAGAAGCCAUCACUCAACACAACCACCCCUUUCAGAAUGCCAGGAGAACGAUUGAUGGCGAGCGGUUCUGAUGUGGGCCGUUUCCAUGGCAAUGCCCUGACCAUAGUGGAGGCAACCAACCAGGAGGAGGCGGAGUCUAAGGAGCAGGGGGGCUCUCUCUCGGGUGUUCAGAAGAUAUGCUGCUGCUGGCCACGCCAGAGCAGCUUGUACGAUACAGUGGCCCCACUUCCUGAGCCCCCUCAGCCCCACACUGGAGACAAUAAGCUGGAAGAGUUGAUGUUGUCAGUGCACUCGGUGGAUCUACUGAGCUCUAAAACGGGUCAGAACCGCAUGGAGCAUCACACCGACCGUUACCAUGGCAACGCACUCAUCAUCCGACGUGGCCAGACCUUCCAGAUAGAACUGGACCUGUCGCGACCUUUUAACUCCAACACAGACAAACUCCACCUGGACCUCAGGACCGGACCCCUCCCCAUGGUGUCAAAGAACACGCACGUCAUCAUUCAAUUGGUGGAAGAGCUGGAGGACGACCGCUGGGAGGCCAAGAUAGUGGAGCGGAACGGCAACAGGAUCAAGCUGUCCGUCAACUCGCACGCCAAAGCUGUGAUUGGCAAGUACAAGAUCACCGUGACGGUGGAGUCUCCGAAGGGCGGGUCUGCAACCACACGCGACCCCAGGAAAGACAUCGUCAUGCUGUUCAACCCCUGGUGUGAAGAUGACACCGUGUACAUGGAUGAUGAGGAGGAGAAGAAGGAGUAUGUGCUGAAUGACACAGGAAGACUCUACUACGGCACAGAGAAACAGAUUGGAGAUCGCACAUGGAACUACGGACAAUUCCUUGAGGGGAUGCUGGAGGCCUGUCUCUAUGUGCUGGAGAAGAGUGAGAUCCCUCCGCCUGGUAGAGGGGACCCUGUCAACGUGGUCAGAGUCAUAUCUGCCAUGAUCAACUCCCAAGAUGACAAUGGGGUCCUGGCUGGGAAUUGGUCAGGGAACUAUGUGGGAGGAGUUUCCCCUACAGCCUGGAAUGGCAGUGUGGAGAUCCUGAAGAAAUACCACAAGGAGGGAGGCCUGCCUGUCAAAUACGGACAGUGCUGGGUCUUCUCUGGGGUCACCACCACAGUGCUCAGGUGCUUGGGUAUACCGUGCCGUAGUGUAACAAACUUUCAGUCGGCCCACGACACAGACGUCUCACUCACCACAGACAUGUAUUUUGACGAGAAAAUGGAGCCGUUCGAUGAACUCAACACCGACUCUGUUUGGAAUUUCCAUGUAUGGAACGACUGUUGGAUGGCCAGGCCAGACCUUCCUCCUGGUAACGGCGGCUGGCAGGCAUUAGACGCCACCCCGCAGGAGACCAGCCAGGGGACCUUCCGCUGUGGCCCUGCUUCUGUCACCGCCAUCCGCACCGGCCAGGUCUACCUCAAAUACGACACACCUUUCAUCUUUGCUGAGGUGAACAGUGAUAAGAUCUACUGGCAGAGGAACCUGGAUGGUAUCUUCACUCAGAUCCAAUGUGAAAAGAAGGCUGUGGGCCACUGCAUCAGCACCAAGGCUGUGGGCUCUGACAAACGCGAUGACAUCACACACCUGUACAAACACACCGAAGGAUCAGAGGAGGAACGUAUCGCCGUGGAGACAGCCAGUCGUUAUGGCACCAAGCCUGACGUGUACUCUACAUCCAUGGCGGAGGACGUGAGCUUGGAGGUGAAGUUGGAGGGAGAGGGGCCUCGUAUGGGGGCUGACGCCCAGCUGACCAUCGUGAUGACCAAUUUCAGCUCCCAGACCCGCAAGACCACACUACACAUCCAGGUGGCAGUCAUGUACUACACCGGGGUGCUGAAGGGCACCGUCAAGAAGGACAAGAUGCCUGUGGCGCUCAAGCCCAAUGAAGUGAAGGCCAUGCAGUGGGUCCUGCCCUACCACAGCUACCAGGACCAGCUGGUGGACCAGGCUGCUCUAAUGCUGACUCUGUCUGGACGGGUCAGCGAGACCCAACAGGUCCUGGCCACUCAGACCAGCUUCAGGCUACGCACACCCGACCUCAGCAUUGAGGCUGUAGGGGAGGCGGUGGUAGGUAAGAAGAUGACAGCCAAGAUCACGUUCACCAACCCUCUGCCACGUACACUGAGGGGCGUGGUGCUCAGGGUGGAGGGACUGGGCCUGCAGGAGGUCAAAGAGGUGGUUGUGGGUGAUGUUGGGAGCCACUCUACGGUGACUCGGACAGAACACUUCAUACCCACCCAGGCUGGACACAGGAAGCUGGUAGCAGCUCUGGACUGUAAACAGCUGACACAGGUGCACGGGGUUGUUGACAUCGUUGUCCAGGACCAAUGAGAGGGAGCCUUCAACUGCUCUCUCCUGUCCACUUAUCUGGUGUUUCAUUCAAGUCUCCAAAAAGAGAAUGGGAAGCCUUUUAUUCAGUUUUCCCAUGAUUUGAGUGUAAUAUUAUUUUUUUUCAUGCUGACAUGUAAUUAUGGAAAUACCCUGAUCGUUGGAUGAAGUUGUACACUAAAUUGUUUUUAAUGUUUUUAAUACUCACGUCAUAUUUUUCCAAAUCAAUCAAGUUUAUUUGUCACAUGCUUCGUAAACAACAGGUGUAGACUAGCAGUGAAAUGCUUUCUGACGGGCCCUUCCCAACAAUGCAGAGAGAGAAGAAGGAUCAAUAGAAGAAGAAGAAUUCGAGGAAAUACACAAGGAGUAACGAUAACCUGGCUAUAUACAUGGGGUGCCAAGUCAAUGUGCUGGGGUAGAAGGUAAUUGAGGUAGAUACAAUAGGUAGGGAUAAAGUGACUAGGCAACAGGAUAGAUAAUAAACAGCAGUAGCCUAAGUGAUGAAUAAAAAAGUUAGUGCAAAAAGGGUCAAUGCACAUAGUUAAAUAGUUAACCAAUAGCUACUCGGACAAACUAUUUUGCGGUCUUAUGGCUUGGGGGUAGAAGUUGUUCAGAGUCCUGUUGGUCCCAGACUUGGUGCAUCGGUACCACUUGCCGUGUGGUAUCAGAACAAACGUUCUAUUAUUUGGGAGGCUGGCUGGCCUUUCUCUGACACCGCCUGGUAAGCUCGGCCCCAGUGAUGUACUGGGCCAUACGCACUACCCUCUGUAGGGUCUUGCGGUCAAAUUCCAAGCAGUUGCCAAACCAAGUGGUGAUGCAGCCAGUCAAGAUGCUCUCAAUGGCGCAGCUAUUUAACUUUUUGAGGAUCUGAAGGCCCAUGCAUAAUCUUUUUAGCAAUAGAGGGGGAAGAGGCAUUGCCGUGCCUUCUUCAGGACUGUGUUGGUGUGUGUGGACCAUGAUAAUGCCUUAGUGAUGUGGACACAGAUUCUUGAAGCUCUAGGCUCCGUCCACUGCAGCCAUGUCGAUGUGGAUGGGGGGCGUGCUCGGCCCUCCUUUUCCUGUAGUCUGCGAUCAGCUUCUUUGUCUUGCUGACAUUGACGUUGAGGUUGUUGUCCUGGCACCACACUGCCAGGUCACUCACUUCCAUAUAGGCUGUCUCAUCAUGGUCGGUGAUCAGGCCAACCACCGUUGUGUCAUCAGCAAACUUAAUGAUGGUAUUGCAGUCAUGCACCGCCACGCAGUCGUGGGUGAACAGGUACAAGAGGGGACUAAGUACGCACGCGAGGGGCCCGUGUUGAUGGUCACCGUGUCGGAUGUGUUUGCCUAUCCUCACCACCUGCGAGCGGCCCAUCAGGAAGUCCAAGAUCCAGUUGCACAGGGAGGUGUUCAGUCCCAGGGUCCUGAGCUUAGUGACGAGCGUGGAGGGCACAAUGGUAUUGAAUGCUGAGCUAUAGUCAAUGAACAACGUGACAACAAUAGAAAAAAAAGAAAGUCUAUAAGCAGUGUGUGAAAAUGGCGUGAGGAGGUAAGGCAAUAAAUAGGCCAUAGUAGCAAAGUAACUACAAUUUAGCAGAUUAACACUGGAGUGAUAGAUGAGCAGAUGAGGAUGUGCAAGUAGUGAUACUGGUGUGCGAAAGAGCAGAAAAGUAAAUAAAAACAAUAUGGGGAUGAGGUAGGUAGAUUGGGUGGGCUAUUUAUAGAUGGACUAUGUGCAGCUGCAGCGAUCGGUUAGCUGCUCAGAUUUUUUGCAAUUCGUUCCAGUCACUGGCAGCAGAGAAUUGGAAGGAAAGGCGAUCAAAAGAGGUGUUGUCUUUGGGGAUGACCAGUGAGAUAUACCUGCUAGAGCGCGUGCUACGGGUGGGUGUUGUUAUCGUGACCAGUGAGCUGAGGUAAGGUGGAGUUUUACCUAGCAUAGACUUGACCUGGAGUCAGUGGGUCUGGCGAUGAAUAUGUAGUGAGGGCCAGCCGACUAGAGCAUACAGGUCGCAGUGGUGGAUGGUAUAAGGGGCUUUGGUAACAAAACGGAUGGCACUGUGAUAGACUGCAUCCAGUUUGCUGAGUAGAGUAUUGGAAGCUAUUUUGUAGAUGACAUCGCCGAAGUCGUGGAUUGGUAGGACGGUCAGUUUUACUAGGGUACGUUUUGCGGUGUGAGUGAAGGAGGCUUUGUUGCGAAAUAGAAAGCAGAUUCUAGAUUUGAUUUUGGAUUGGAGAUGUUUGAUAUGAGUCUGGAAGGAGAAUUUACAGUCUAGCCAGACACCUAGGUAUUUGUAGUUGUCCACAUAUUCUAGGUCAGAACCGUCCAGAGUAGUGAUGCUAGUCAGGCGGACGGGUGCGGGCAGUGAAUGGUUGAAAAGCAUGCAUUUAGUUUUACUAGUGUUUAAGAGCAGUUGGAGGCCACGGAAGGAGUGUUGUAUGGCAUCGAAGCUCGUUUGGAGGUUAGUUAACACAGUGUCCAAAGAAGGUCCAGAUGUAUACAGAAUGGUGUCGUCUGCGUAGAGGUGGAUCAAGGAAUCACCCGCAGCAAGAGUGACAUCGUUGAUAUAUACAGAGAAAAGAGUCGGCCCAAGAAUUGAACCCUGUGGCACCCCGAUAGAGACUGCCAGAGACUGCUCUCCGAUUUGACACACUGAACUCUGUCUGCGAAGUAGUUGGUGAACCAGGCGAGGCAGUCAUUUGAGAAACCAAGGCUAUUGAGUCUGCCGAUAAGAAUACGGUGAUAGACAGAGUUGAAAGCCUUGGCCAGGUCGAUGAAGACGGCUGCACAGUACUGUCUUUUAUCGAUGGUGGUUAUGAUAUAAUUUAGUACCUUGAGCGUGGUUGAGGUGCACCCAUGACCAGCUCGGAAACCGGAUUGCACAGCGGAGAAGGUACGGUGGGAUUCGAAAUGGUCAGUGAUCUGUUUAUUAACUUGGCUUUCAAAGACAUUAGAAAGGCAGGGCAGGAUGGAUAUAGGUCUCUAACAGUUUGGGUCUAGAGUGUCACCCCCUUUCACGAGGCGUAUGACCGUUGCAGCUUUCCAAUCUUUAGGGAUCUCGGACGAUACGAAAGAGAGGUUGAACAGACUAAUAAUAGGGGUUGCGGAUCAUUUUAGAAAGAGAGGGUCCAGAUUGUCUAGCCCAGCUGAUUUCUACGGGUCCAGGUUUUUCAGCUCUUUCAGAACAUCUGCUAUCUGGAUUUGGGUGAAGGAGAAGCUGGGGAGGCUCUGGCAAGCAGCUGCGGUGGUGCGGAGCUGUUGGCUGGGGUUGGGGUAGCCAGGAGGAAAGCAUGGCCAGCCGUAGAGAAAUGCUUAUUGAAAUUUUAGAUUAUCAUGGAUUUAUCGGUGGUGACUGUUUUACCUAGCCUCAGUGCAGUGGGCAGCUGGGAGGAGGUGCUCUUGUUCUCCAUGGACUUUACAGUGUCCCAAAACUUUUGGAGUUAGAGCUACAGGAUGCAAAUUUCUGUUUGAAAAAGCUAGCCUUUGCUUUCCUGACUGACUGCCUGUAUUGGUUCCUGACUUCCCUGAACAGUUGCAUAUCGCGGGGACCAUUUGAUGUUUUUGUGCUGGUCAAGGGCAGUCAAGUCUGGAGUGAACCAAGGGCUAUAUCUGUUCUCAGUUAUACAUUUUUUGAAAGGAGUAUGCUUAUUUAAGAUGGUGAGGAAAUUACUUUUAAAGAAUGACCAGGCAUCCUCGACUGACGGGAUGAGGUCAAUAUCCUUCCAGGAUACCUGCGCCAGGUCGAUUAGAUAGGCCUGCUCGCAGAAGUGUUUUAGGGAGCAUUUGACAGUGAUGAGGGGUGGUCGUUUGAUCGCGGACCCAUAGCGGAUGCAGGCAAUGAGGCAUUGAUAGCUGAGAUCCUGAUUGAAAACAGCAGUGGUAUAUUUGUAGGGCAAGUUGGUCAGGACAAUAUCUAUGAGGGUGCCCAUGUUUACGGAUUUAGGGUGGUACCUGGUGGGUUCCUUGAUAAUUUGUGUGAGAUUGAGGGCAUCUAUCUUAGAUUGUAGGACUGCUGGGGUGUUAAGCAUAUCCCAGUUUAGGUCACCUAACAGAACGAACUCUGAAGAUAGAUGGGUGGCAAUCAAUGCACAUAUGGUGUCCAGGGCACAGCUGAGAGCUGAGGGGGGUCUAUAACAGUCGACAACAGUGAGAGACUUAUUUCUGAAGAGAUUAAUUAAAAAAUAUAUAUAAACUCAAACUGUUUGGGUAUAGACCUGGAAAGUAUAACAGAACUUGAAUGAGUAGGUGUCCAAGCUUUUCACCAGCGUGCCUUGCUCUGAAAUGGAUUUUCCAUUACUGUUAGGGUCGUCCACACUUAUGAAGAAGAAACAGAAUUAUUGUUAGGGCCACUGAAAUGCUUUAUGAAGAAUCCUGUGGUAUAUUUUAUUAUCUAGAUAUACAUGAUCUAAUGUUAAUAAUGUUAUCUAAUGCACCCAUUUUCAGUAGAAUGUACUGAACAAACGAUGUCAAGUUUCUGUCAUCAAAUAUUUUAUUAAUACACUGUAUAAGCAUAAGAGUAUCCAAUGAUGUUAUUAUUCAAGAUGUAUGCAUUGUGCAUUGUUGGAUAGCAUAUGUAGCGUCACAUGGUUUAUAUGAAGGUGAAGCGCUUCAGUUUGAUUUUAUGAUGCUUAUGCCUAAAGAAGUCCUUCUCAAUGUGUUUGCUUAUUUUUAUAUGAAAGAAUUGAAGACAUUAUUAUCUUAUUUUGCUAAAAGUGUUUCCUUGCCUUAAAGUGCUCUUAUGAAAUCACUGUUCCAAACAGCAGUCAGCUCCUGAGAGUUUACAGUUGUAUCCAUGGCCCUUGUUGACCUUGCUCUGCUCUCAUAGUUUGUGUGUUUGGACUUUAAAUACAAGAAAAGAAACAUUUUAACGCAUUACAAUUAGAUUGUAUUAAUUCAUCUAUAUACAUUUUUUUUUUCAAUUGUCAAUGUAUUUGUUAAUAAUCAACUAUUUUUCCCUGUUAAAUUGCCUGGUGAAAAUCUCCCUUUUAAAAGUUCAUAUUCUGUUUACUCGUAACCAAAUAAUGUUGCCGACUCAGCCUAUACUCGUAUUUGUGGUUAAUUGGAGAAAAAAAAAAACACUUUCAAAACCCCACCUCAAACAAACCGUUUAAAAAAGUAUGACUAUUUCCUCAUGUCAUCCUGAGGAGGAUGAACUAGCCAAUCAGCGGUCUACUCACAUAAAUAUUUUUAAUGACCUGUAUAUGCACUCACACCAUUCCAACACAAAAAAAGCUGUUUUUUAACAUACCUAAUUACUAUUUCAUGAAAGGAAAACUAUUUCACUCUUAAUGUAAUUAUUUACAGGUCAUAUUUCAUAGAAAGGUGGAAACACUGGAAAGUUACUUUGUAGUUAAUUAAGUUAUUUGCAUGAUGACUCCCUGUAGGACAAAAUGGAGUAAAUAGAUCAGAAAGAUGACAUCGUUCAAUGUAACAGAGUAGCAAGUACAUACCUCUAGUAGCCAAACUUUCCCUCCCUGGCUCACUUAUUUAAAAAUACAGAUGUAUAAUUGUAUACACCCUUGGCUUCCUCAUCAACCUAUUAUUAUCUAUUCAAAUUGUGUAGCUUCAGGCAAAGGUGUGUCUUGCACAAUUUAGCCUGAGGAAAUGGAAAACCUCAUGCAUAUAAUUCAGUGGAGGCUGCUGAGGGAAGGACGGCUCCUAAUAAUGUCUGUAACAGAGCGAAUGGAACGGCAUCAAAACACAUGGAAACCACGUGUUUGAUGAUGUUGAUACCUUUCCACCUAUUCCGCUCCAGCCGCUACCACAUGCCCGCCCUCCCCAGUGAAGGUGCCACCAACCUCCUGUGAUAUAAUUUGAUCUCAACAGUACAGUUGGCAUGAAUGGGAUCUGUGUGGCUCCUCCACACGUCCCUUAAAGGUAGUGCCCAGGCCUAAGUGGAAACACCCCAAACAUACUGCAUAGAACAGGAACUGAAAUAGCAAUUUGCUGAUCUUUUGUGGUCAUGUUAAGUAUAUUGUGUUACUGUUCAUUUCAACCAGAUCAUGUGAGCUGAGUUGAGAGGUUGCGGUCCAUUCAUUAAAAUCACAAUUUAACCAA